GUGGACAUGAAAAAACAGUAGAGUUCUUAAUUAAGAAUGGAAGUGACGUCAAAUGUGUUAAUAGAAAAGGUAAAAACGCUUUAAUGUAUGCUUCCCAAUAUGGACAUGAAAAAUCUGUAGAGCUCUUAAUUAAAAGAGGGUGUAAUGUCAAAGCAGUUGAUGAAAAUGGACACAACGCAUUAAUGUUAGCGUCAGAACAAGGAUACGAUAAAAUUAUAGAGCUUUUGAUAAAAAGUGGAAGCAACGUUAAAGCUUUUGAUCAAGAUGAAAAAACUGCAUUAAUGUGGGCUUCUGAGAAUGGACACGAAAAAACUGUUGAGAUAUUGAUAAGAAGUGGUAGUGAUGUUAAGGCAUAUGACAACGAAGGGAAGACUGCAUUAAUGUUGGCCUCUGAAAAUGGAUACGAUCAGGUGGUUGAUCUUUUAAUAACAAAUGGAAGUAAUGUGAGAGCAUUAGAUCAUGAAGGAAAGAAUGCAUUGAUGUGGGCUUCUGAGUAUGGACACCAAAAAACGGUUCAGCUUUUAAGUAAAAGUGAAAAUAAUGUCCAAGCAUUUGAUCAUGAAGGAAAGACUGCAUUAAUGUAUGCUUCCGAAAAUGGACACAAUAACACAGUGGAACUUUUAAUUCUUAGAGGAAGUGAUGUUAACGUUGUCGAUAAAAAUGGAAAGAACGCGUUAAUGUACGCUUCUUCAGAGGGGCGCGAUGCAGUUGUAGAUAUUUUAAUUGAACGAGGGAUCGAUGUCGAAGCUGUUGAUAAAAAAGGAAAAAAUGCACUAAUGUACGCUGCUGAAGAGGGUUGUUAUAAGACUGUAGAAAAUUUAAUUGAAAGAGGUAUUGAUGCAAACGCUGUUGAUGACAACGGAAAAAAUGCACUAAUGUACGCAGCUGAAGAGGGCUGUAAUAAAACUGUAGAAACUUUAAUUGAAAGAGGUAGUGAUGCAAACGCUGUUGAUGACAAUGGAAAAAAUGCACUAAUGUACGCUUCUAUAAAAGGGUACGCUGAAACUGUAGAAAUUUUAAUUAGAAGAGGAACUAAUAUUAAUACUGUUGAUAAAUACGGGAUGAAUGUAUUAAUGCACGCUUCAAAAUGCGGACAAGUUACGAUUGUAGAUCUUUUAAUUAAAAAAUUGAGCAACAUAAAUGCAAUUUCUUAUGACGGAGAUACCUCUUUAAUAUACGCAUGUGAUAGUUCAGAAUUAAAACUAAGACUUGUUGAACAUUUAAAUAAAAAUGGAAUUGAUGUAAAAAUGUUUCAAAUCGAUGAAUGGGAAAAUGACAAAUACAGGAUUGGAAGCUUAGCAAGCAAUAAAUAUAUUAAUACUAAUGCGAAAGCUAUAAUUGGUCACGAAAAAGCAGUCAAACUUUUGAUUGAAUCUGGAGCUGAUAUUAAUAUUGUUAACGAAAAGAGAUGGAGUGCGCUAAUGUAUGCUGCAAAAAGUGGAGAUAAGCCAACAGUUGAGCUCUUAUUGGAAUCUGGAUGUGAUGUUCUAGCCGUGAAUAAAGAUGGAGACAAUGCAUUGGAUAUAGCGUCAAAAUGCGGCUACAAAAAUAUUGUUGAGAUAAUAAGUCCAUUUUAUAAAAAAGCAAUUACACAAAUAGACAAAGACGUUCACUCAGACCGCUUCUCACCUUUAACAGUAGACGGUAUGAUGAAAGAUGCCACUGCCCAACAGGUGCUCGAUUUAGACAUACCAGAAAACCUGGUCAAGAAAAGUCUACAUAAAAGGCUGGAAGAUAGUGGCAGGCAGUUUGAGAGUGCUGAAGCUUUAGCCGAGGCCAUACUUGUGGACAGCUGUAACGGUAGUUAUACACCCACAACUGGGCUCUCCCAGAGUGAUGCCUUAAAGAAGGAGAAUAUUGCAAGCAAGUAUCUUCGGUGCAGAAUUUGCUAUGAUAUGGAUGUGGACACAAUAUUUGAACCUUGUGGUGAUUUAUGUUGCAGCAGCUGCGGUUUCCAUGCUGACAUUUGUCCAAUCUGUUUCUCUACUAUUAAAGGGAAAAAACUUCCUUCAUAUAAUGAAAUAUUAGCUUUACUUAUUAAG